GAAUAGUCCUAAAAAUCUUUUUUUUUAGAGAUGUCAACAGAUACAUUUUGUGGAUAAUAUUUGAACUCAUCUUGACUUCACUGCAUUUAGAAAGAGAAUUAUGUGGAUGUUCCAUCAAGUGAGUCUGAAAGUUAAAACUCUACUAGCGUUUUCAUUACUAAUUAAUAAAUAUCAAUGAUAAUAUUAUUUGUUGGAGCCAAAUGAGGUGUUUGCUUUGUGUGAUGCUAUUUUCCUUGUGGUUGUGUGUGUUGGCCCUCUACUGGGCACUAUGUGUGGCCUGGUUAAGACCAGGCUUCAGGUGAGGUGGGACAUUCCACAUUUCCACAUUCAUCCCUCAAGUGACUUUUCUAAACAAUAUUGGGUUUGUUAAAAUUGUUCACUACAAUUUAAGUAAAAAAAAACUUUGCUUUAAUGGAUCUUCGUUCGCUGGGUCUAAGAGCAGAUCGAUUGGACAGCGUUGGAUUUCUUAGUUUCCUUGUGGAUUAUAAUUGAGCUGGAGCCGUAUCAACACCGGUACAUCGUAAACUGAGCACCGGGACAAAGUGCACUCUUGGUCGGUCAUCCACGGACUGUGAAAAGGACACGAAUCAGUUAAAGGAGACAGCUGUGUAUAAGCACACAUCAGCCUGCACAGGUGUGUGUUCCUGGUUGGAGUAUAAUGAACGGGAUACCGCCGUUAGACACACUCACCUCUACCAUGUUGGCCAAUAUAUCGUCUGAAGUCUCCACCUUUCUGCUCCUCCUGCUGCUGCUGCUGCUCUUCACCUGGAGCAGCUUCACACACCGCUCACCUGUACCAGGUCCUUCCUUCUUGGCCGGACUUGGUCCUCUCCUCACCUACAGCAGAUUCAUCUUGACCGGGAUAGGCACAGCGUGCAACUACUACAACAACAAGUAUGGCAGCAUUGUGCGGGUCUGGAUUAACGGCGAGGAGACUCUCAUUCUGAGCAGGUCCUCAGCAGUGUAUCAUGUUCUGAAGAGCGCCCACUACAUAGCCAGAUUUGGGAGCAAAACAGGGCUGGGGUGUGUUGGGAUGGAAGGGAGGGGGAUCAUUUUUAACAGUGACGUCCAGCUGUGGAAGAAAGCCAGGACAUAUUUUUCUAAAGCUCUGACAGGCCCCGGACUCCAGAGGACAGUGGGAAUCUGUUUAAGCUCCACAGCCAAACAUCUGGAGCGCCUGCAAGACUUGACGGACGCCUCCGGACAUGUGGACGCUCUCAAUCUGUUAAGAGCCAUUGUGGUGGACAUCUCCAACAGGCUUUUUCUCAGGGUGCCACUUAAUGAAAAAGACCUGCUAAUGAAAAUCCACAACUACUUUGAAACAUGGCAGACAGUCUUAAUAAAGCCUGAUAUUUUCUUCAAGAUUGGCUGGCUGUACAACAAGCACAAGAGAGCAGCCCAGGAGCUGCAAGAUGUGAUGGAGAGCCUUCUUGAGACUAAAAGAAAGAUUAUAAAUGAGUCUGAGAAGUUGGACGAUGAUCUUGACUUUGCAACAGAGCUCAUCCUUGCUCAGAACCACGGAGAGCUUUCAGCUGAUAACGUCAGACAGUGCGUGCUGGAGAUGGUGAUCGCAGCGCCCGACACACUCUCCAUCAGCCUCUUCUUCAUGCUGUUGCUGCUGAAACAAAACCCAGACGUGGAGCUAAAGAUAGUGGAGGAGAUGAACACUGUCAUAGAAAACAGUGAUGGAAAAAUUGACUAUGAAAGCCUAAUAGUGCUGGAGAGUUUCAUCAAUGAGUCUUUGAGGUUUCAUCCUGUGGUUGAUUUCACAAUGCGAAAAGCUCUGCAGAACGACAACAUUGAAGGCACUAAAAUAGCAAAAGGAACCAACAUCAUCCUCAACAUUGGUCUCAUGCAUAAAACUGAAUUCUUCCCCAAACCCAGAGAGUUCAGCCUGACGAACUUCGACAGAACAGUGCCCAGUCGUUUCUUUCAGCCUUUCGGCUGCGGGCCCCGCUCUUGCGUGGGCAAACACAUCGCCAUGGUGAUGCUGAAGGCCAUCCUGGUGGCUCUGUUGUCUCGUUACACCGUGUGUCCUCGCCAAGGCUGCACCCUCAACAGCAUCCGGCAGACCAACAACCUGUCGCAGCAGCCUGUGGAGGACGAGCAGAGCCUGGCCAUGCGUUUCGUCCCUCGAAAAACACGACCUCCACACAGUCAGCUCUAAAACAAACACAGAACUGGUACAAGUGCAGGGAAAAGGUUGUACAAAUGUUUGUGCUCUGUAUCUUUGUUCGACGCUUCAAACUUUUUUUUUUUUAGAGUAUGUAAACACUUAGUUUAAGACCUGUACUGACAUAAAGAGCUACAGCCUUUAGAGUCCCUUUCACACAUGACCUCCCGACAUUUUCAGGAAUGUGCCUUUCAUCAAUGCACCUCACAGCAGGAUAUCUUCAAUGUCAAGCUUGCUUUCACAGCUCAAAAUACCAAGUUUCAUUGAGCUGGGUAGCGUGUGCAGGAGGAGGAGAAGGAGGAGGGUUAGUGCCAUAAUGAUAACGGUUUCUGCAUUAAUAUCACUACAACCUGUAUUGAGACGCUCUUGCAACACAAAUACAACAGUUCAAGUGAACUGAGGCGCCAGUAAAUGUUUACUAUUGUUGCCUUCAUGUGCUCCUCAACUCAAUUUACAAGUUAAGAGCACAUGAAUGGCUCUCAUAAGUCCUAAUUCCAAGAGGAAAAUUGGGAAAUUUCUAUGAUACCCACUUGCUAAGUUGACAACAGGAACAGGGACAACACACACACAGCAUGCCAACAAGCCUAGUUUUUGGCAAUAAAGCCAGCUAAGCAAAUAUUAGCUAAUGAUAAUGUUAUUUAAGCUUCUAAACUAAUUCAAAUAUCAACUACAUAUCUGAUGCGCAUUCUUUGUUCUUCAUUCUGCCGCUGAAGCCCAAAGGAUCUCUGGGCUACUUACUUUUGGUGAUUAAACUUAGCCUCAAAAAACAAAAACCUUAUUCCUCUAGCUUCCUUUUUCUGGAUUUUUCCGACCACAGCAAUUACUACAACUGCACAACUGGGAAUUACGAUAUUUCAGAGGAGCACAUGAAGGCAGCCUAUUACCCUCUACAGUCUACACAUGAGCUCACUUGGACUUCACGCAGACAUUGUAAAAGGGUUCUGGCAGGGGGAAAACUGCUUAAAGUCAGAGUGAACAGAUAUGACCAUUUGCCUUCAUACAUGCAUCCCACCCAGGCAAUUAGGAGUCAGGAGUGUAGUGCAUGUGUGAAAGGGGCUAACAUCUCUCUUGUUGGUAAUGUACUUAAAUAAAGGUAGUGUUAGCAUGUUGGAUACAUGGAUAAAAAACAUUGUUUCAUACACAAAAGUAUAAAGUAGAAUACAUUAAACAUUUGCAUUUGAUAAUUUAUCCCAUGUUAUAUCUGUAAUUAAAAACAAUGUUUUAAGAGACACUGAUUGUUUCUUUUAAGGGUCUAAGUGAAUGGAAAUUAUGUCUAAGGUUGUUUGACACCACAAGUUUUAAAGUGAUACAAUCCCGGUCAUCUUGAUUAUCCAUAGUUCAGAAAAGUACUGAAGCUUUGAAAUAAAUAAAUAACCGAUCUUCAGUUCUAUUUUCAACCAAAAGCAGCUGAGAGUGAAAGAGAGAGAGAGCAUUGUUUAAAUAGCACACAUGCCUUUGCGAUGUAUUUAGAGUGUGCAGGCGUUUGCCUACAAAAAUAAAUCACCCAAAAUUGG